GCGGCCGAUGUGAUACAUCUGAUGUGUGUAUAGAGAACAUGCAUCUCAAACGUAUUGUUCAGGUAGCUGCCAUUCUGGCAUCUGGAUUUACUCUAUGCAAUGCAUCGACAAUAGCAAAGCGGCAGUCAAUGACGUCGAAAUAUGUAUUUGCGCAUUUCAUGAUCGGCAUCGUCGAACACUACACCCUGGACGACUGGAAGACCGACAUGACCACAGCAAUGGACAUUGGCAUUGACGCAUUUGCACUCAACUGCGCCAGCGUCGACAGCUACACACCCAGCUAGCUCUAGCCUAUCAAGCUGCCGAAGAUGUUGGUUUCGAAGUCUUUAUCUCCUUUGACUUUGCCUAUUGGACAAACGGGGAUACUGCAAACAUCACCCACUAUAUGCAAACUUAUGCAGGCCAUCCGGCUCAGAUACAAUACAACGAUGCAGCGGUUGUAAGCACUUUUGUCGGGGAUAGUUUUGAUUGGGCUCCCGUAAAAGCGGGAACGAACCAUUCUAUAUGGGCGUUGCCGAAUUUGCAGGAUCCGGCGGAGGCAACGAGCAAUAGUCAGCGAAGUGCGGAUGGAGCAUUCUCGUGGUAUGCGUGGCCGACUGACGGAGGGAAUAGCAUUAUCUCGGGGCCCAUGACUAAAAUUUGGGAUGAUAGAUUCAUCUCGGACUUAGGAAAUGCUACUUAUAUGGCUCAAACUAAUCCCAAAACCGAAGACUAUGGCGAAUCUCACUACAUCAGACCCUAUUCAGCCGCUCACAGUGAAGACGGCUCCUCCGAAUGGGCCUCUGGAUUUUCACACGACGCCUGGCGCGAUCUCUACAAACCCUACAUCCAAGCCUACAAGGCCGGGGCUUCGUCACCAACCAUCGAUACGGAGGAAAUAGUAUACUGGUACCGCAUUACACCAAAGGGGGUAACAUGUACCAACGAUACUCUACCAGCCCCGAAUGGCAUUGACUUACUUUCUGAUAGUGUGUUUGUGGCAACUAUGUUGAAAGAAGCGGCUACAUUGAUUGUUACUAGUGGUGGUAAUGAGGCGGUUAGUAUUGAUGUUCCUGCUGGUAUCACGACAUCAAAUGUGACGAUGGGAGUGGGUAAGCAGAGUUUUGUGGUCAGUCGCGGUGGACAGACGGUUCUUAACGGAACCGGGGAGCUGAGCAUUGUGGAUACUUGUGAGACGUAUAAUUAUAAUUUGUAUGUUGGCUCAGUGAAAGCAUAA